GCUGCAGCUCAGUGCGCGCCACUCGCUGGACUCCCUCGCCCCACAGCAUGGACCCGGCUCGCCGCCUGCUGCCCCUCGGGCUCUGCAUCGCCCUGUGCCUGGGGGGCACCGUGGCCCAGAAUAACGGCGUACAAGGUACCACUGAGGACUGCAACAGCCAUGUGCUAUGCCCAGCAAACGCCACGUGUGUGAACAACACCCACUGCACCUGCCUGGAUGGAUACCAGUCACUGGCGAAUCGCUUCUUCUUCACCGACCCAACGGAGAUCUGUGACGAUAUUAACGAGUGUCUGGGGCCGAGCCCGCCAGACUGCGGACGCAAUACACACUGCACCAACGUGGCCGGGAGUUACUACUGCUUCUGCAGCGAUGGCUAUGAGUCCAGCUCUGGGAAAGCCAAAUUCACAAACGCGAGUGAGAACACCUGCCAGGGCAGAGGAAUCUCGCGCUGGGAUGUGGUUACACAGUCGCUGGAUUUUAGCAAUGCCGGCAAUACCGGGGCCGAGUUCGUGCACCGGACGGUGAACUUGCAGGAAGCCUCUGCUUUGUGUCAGGAUAUUGACGAGUGUCAGGGCCUGAGCCCAGCAGACUGCGGACCCCACGCAAACUGCAUCAAUGUGCCUGGGAAUUACUCGUGCACCUGCAUCGAUGGCUACGAGCCCAGCUCUGGGAAAGCCAAUUUCAUGCACGCGAGUGAGAACACCUGCCAGGACAUUGAGUGCCAGCGAAACGCCACAAUCUGUGAGCCCCACGGGACCUGCAUCAACAUGCCAGGGAGUUACAUGUGUAAAUGCAGUGAGGGAUUUGGGAAGAGUCAAAAGGAUCCGUCUAAGAUCUGCACAGACAUCGACGAGUGCAAGACCCCAGAUAUCUGCGGCCCCAACGCCACGUGUAUCAACACCUACGGAAGCUACUGGUGUGAGUGCCGGGCCGGCUACGUCCCCUCCAACCGGAACACGACCCUGUGCCGAGAGCUCACCUGCCCCCGGCUGCUGGAUGAUGACAACUCUGCCGAAGCCAAGAACCUCCUGGGCAGCUUCCUGGCACAGGUGGGACGUCUCUGCAAGGCGGCGCUGGAGGAGCUGAAACAGAUGAAGGCUCAGAACGCCGAAGAGAAGCUGCAGAGCUUCUUGGACAUUCUGGAGAAGCCAAUAAAUCUGGUCAGGCAGCAGAGCGAGAGUGUGGAGCGGAGACACCGGAUCGCGACGGAGUUGAUGGCCAUAGUUGAGAAGCAGCUGAGAACGCUGGCCCUGACCCUGCCUGACAGCACGAUCAGCAUCGCAUCCCCCAACGGCACAGAGCUGGGGCUGGCGGUCAGGAAGGCUGGGAACCAGAGCCAGGAGACGGUGACGCUGCAGCAGAGCAAGACGCAGAUGGAAUUAAAGUGGGCCAGAGCCCCAGGGCAGAAAAAGGAAGGCUUCACGCUGGCCGGGCUGCUGACAUGCCAGGGGAUGAGCCCCUUCCUGGAUGGUGCUGGGCGGGUGGAGGCGCCCGAGUGGGACAAGAUCGGCCAGAUGGGGAAGUGGGCGCAGGAGCCGGGGCGGCCCAGCUACCAUGUGCUGUCUCCAGUGGCGUCGGCCUUCAUCAGUGACCCGAACCUCCAGGCACUCGGCCUCUCUGUCAGCAUCCGCUUCAGCCACCCGGUGCCGGAGUCCAAGACCGACCUGCGCCUCCUCUGCGCCUACUGGGAGCCUGACAGCAGGCGCUGGGCCACCCACGGCUGCACCCUGCAGAAGUUGAACGCCACCAGUACCCGCUGCCAGUGCAACCACCUGACCAGCUUCGCCGUGCUCAUGGCCUUCUACGAGCUGGAGGACUGGACCCUGGACGUCAUCACCAAGGUGGGGCUGGUGAUCUCGCUGCUGUGCCUGCUGCUGUCCAUCGUCACCUUCCUCUUCUGCCGCGCCCUCAAGGGCCCCCGCACCACCAUCCACCUGCACCUCUGCCUGGCGCUCUUCAUCGCCUACACCGUCUUCCUCACCGGCACCUCCAGCACCGGCAACAGGGUGGUGUGCGGCGUGGUGGCCGGGCUCCUGCACUAUUUCUUCCUGGCCGCCUUCUGCUGGAUGUGCCUGGAGGGCGCCGAGCUCUACCUGCUGGUGGUUCAGGUCUUCACCCCCCACGGCCUCAGGCGCCGCUACAUGUUCCUGCUGGGCUACGGCGUGCCGGCCCUCAUCAUGGGCAUCUCGGCCGCCACCUACAGCGAGGGCUACGGCACAGCGCGCCAGUAAGUCACCGGCCCGGGGGGGGCCAGGCCCAGUGCUCUCAG